AUGAAUCGCCUCUUUAGACUCACCAGAAUUUCCUUUCGAAUCUCCACUCCGAUACCCAGAUUUCGUUUCUCUAGGACCUGCACCAGCAUCGCGACAAUGGAGUCGUUGAAGGUGCACAAUUCCUUGAAGCCCGGCCAGCCGGUGCCCUUUACCCCAAUCCAACCAGGAAAGGUUUCUUGGUAUGCUUGCGGGCCUACCGUUUACGACAAGAGCCAUUUGGGUCAUGCGCGUAACUAUGUCUCCACUGACAUUAUCCGGCGCAUCAUGAUGCACUAUUUUGGUGCUGACGUGAAGUUUGUCAUGAACAUCACUGAUGUUGACGACAAGAUUAUUAUCAAGGCCCGCAGACAGCGUCUCCUCGAGCUCGAGAAGCAGAAGAACUACUCAGAGCAAGAGCUUACGAACCUCGCCCUCACCGCUUUCCGCGCAUAUGCCGAGAAGAGCCUGCCUCUCCUCAAGUCAGACGGACAGGAGCUGGACGAGAACAACUACCUCGAGCGGAGGGAUAGCGCUUACGGCAAGGUCCUCGCUGGCGGUACGCUGACCGGAGAGGGCAAGCCAGGUGACGACGAGGCCAAGACGAAGAUGCACAUUAGCAACAUGGAUACCGCCGCCUUCGCGAUCAAGGACAAGAAGUUCUACCCCGGAAUCGAUGAGAUCCUGCUGCCAUACCUCGACUCUCUGUACAAGGAGACUAUCGACACCAGCGAUCAGACCAUCUUCACCGACCUGACCCAGAGCAUGGAGAAGCUAUUCUUCGACGAUAUGGACGCAUUGAACUGCUUGCGCCCCGAUUUCAUCACAAGAGUUACCGAGUACGUGCCCCAGAUCGCAGCAUUCGUUGAGCGGAUCGUGGAUAAGGGUUUCGCCUACGAGUCCGACGGCUCUGUCUACUUUGACAUUACGGCGUUCGAGAAGGCAGGCAACACCUACGCGCGGUUGCGUCCCGGUAAUCGCAACGACAAGUCCCUGCAGGAAGAUGGCGAGGGAGCACUUUCCAAGAACCUUGGCGAGAAGCGGAAUGAGGGUGACUUUGCGCUGUGGAAGAAGUCAAAGAAGGGAGAGCCGUACUGGCCCAGCAGGUGGGGUCAAGGUCGCCCUGGCUGGCACAUUGAGUGCUCCGUCAUGGCCUCUGAUAUUCUCGGCGCACAGAUGGAUAUCCACUCUGGUGGUAUUGAUCUUGCUUUCCCCCAUCAUGACAAUGAACUGGCCCAGAGCGAGGCUUAUUUCUGCGAGAAGGAGAAGGGCGAGCACACCUGGGUCAAUAACUUCCUGCACAUGGGACAUCUUUCUAUCUCCGGCUCCAAGAUGUCCAAGUCUCUGAAGAACUUCCAAACUAUCCAAGACGCGCUUGCGACGACCUAUUCCCCAAGAGGAAUGCGCAUUGUCUUCCUCAUGGGCAAGUGGAACGAUGGUGUUGAGAUUUCUCCCGACAUGAGAGCUCAGGCAUCAAGUUGGGAGGCCACCGUCAACAACUACUUCUCUAACGUCAAGGCCCUCGUUGCCGACGCAAACGCGUCUACGGAAGGCAUCGAGUCCCUCUCUAUCAAGGACAAGCCGACUGAAGGCCUACUGGCUGACUUGGAGAAGGCCAAGACUGACCUGCACACUGCCCUAACCAACUCUUUUGAUACCCCUCAGGCGAUGCGUGUGAUUCAGGAACUGGUCAGUGAGGCGAACAAGGUGAUUGUUUCUCAGGAUGCAGAGGCGAGACUGCCUGAACUGGUAGCCAUUGGCCGCUGGAUCACCAAGAUCCUUGGCAUCUUCGGUCUGGACGAGAAUGCUAAGGCUCCUUACGAUGGCCUUGGUUGGGUUCCUACGGUGAAGAAGGACGUUGAGCCCAAAGCUGUCGUGCAGCCGUAUGCUGCGGUCUGGGCCAAGGUGAAGUCAGAUGUCGAGGCGCUGAAGCUGUCCUCGGACUCUGUUUCCGAUCUCCUCAGCCAACAAAACCCCGAUGCCGAGUUUGAGUCGGUUUCUUCGAAGGGUGUUCGUGACUCUGAGCAAUUGGCGCUGCCGUACCUGCGGGCUAUUUCAAAAUUGCGUGACGAGCUCCGACGCAUCGUGUCGUCGGUCUCCCCCGAGAUCAAGAAGGCCAUUCUUUCUCUCACUGACCGCAUUCGUGACGAGGACUUGACUGUUCUGGGUGUCUCCCUGGACGAUAGGCCGGACGGCAAGUCUUCUCUGAUCAAGUUCAUAGACGCCAGUGAGUUGAUCGCAGCAAGAAACGAGAAGCUGGCCAGGGAGGCUGAGAAGGCACGGGCCAAGGAGGAGGCCAAGCGCGCUCGUGAGCAGGCGGAGAAGGAGAAGUGGGAGAAGGCCAAGCUUCCCCACACGGAAAUGUUCAAGGGAGACGAGAAGUAUUCCGAGUGGGACGCGGAGGGAUUGCCCACUAAGUUGAAGGACGGCAGCGAUGUGCCUAAGAGCCAGCUGAAGAAGCUGCAGAAGGAAUGGCAGAGACAAAAGAAGGCCCACGAGGAGUACCAGACCAAGUUUGGAGCGGGCAAGGCAUAG